GAACGUUUCUGCAAUCGGCUUGUAGAGUCUGACCUCAACAACGAAGGGACUAUAGACUAUUUGUCAGGGAAAGAUUACAUCUAUAUUUUUAAGUGAUUGUUUUGUUUCCUGGUUAUAACAUCGAUUUAGUCCAAAGAAAAAGAAGUUAACGUAUUCAAAAUCGCCCAAUGCCAGGAUGUCAGGAUGGCCAGCGGGCCAUCUCUUCCAGACAGCCUGGUGCUGGAGAUCUUCCUGCAUCUGCCCCAUAACGCGGUGCUGAAUGCGGGGCUAACCUGUCACCAAUGGCUGGCCGUGUCCCGGGAUGAGUUCCUCUGGAGGGAGCUGUUUUACACCUACUACCGCAUCCCACGCUCCGUGCCUCGGCAUCCAGCGGCUGUUUCCUGGUACAGGGAGUUCAGGCGGCUCUUUGACUGCAUUCCCUGUGUGGAGGUGCAGACCCUGAAGGAACAUCAUGACCAGGUUCUGCAUCUGGCCUUCUCCCACCGCGGCCACCGCUUCUCCUCCUGCUCUAAGGACUGCACCGUUAAGGUUUGGGAUGCCGAGCAGCCGGAUGGUUCCAUCCGCCUUGUGCACAGCUCCAGCAUGCGGGAGUACAACUGGGGCUACACCCAGUUCUCCCAGUUCAAUGCAGACGACAGUCUUCUGCUGGUGUCGGGAGUAUAUCUAGGCCCUCAUCACACCUCCUCCGGGGAGAUUGCCGUCAUCAGCCUUGAUAACUACACACUCCUCUCCCGCGUCCGGAACAAACCGUAUGAUGUGUUCGGCUGCUGGCUGAACGAGACCCACCUCAUCUCUGGGAACCUGCACUGGAUUGGGAACAUGACGUCCUGCUCCGUGCUGUGGCUCAACAAGGCCUUCCAGGAUGUGGAGUCUGAGAACGUAAACGUGGUGAAACGCCUCUUCAAGAUUCAGAACAUCAACGCCAGUAGCAUUCGCACAGUCAUGGUGGCCCACUGUCGUCGUCACGACUCGCCAGACCUGCUCCUGGACUACGAGGCCCAGUCGCAGGCGCGGGAGAACGGUGACCGCCAGGGCCACCAGCCUCUGCUCUUCGACCUCGGCAGCGAAAGCGAGGAGGACAGUGACGAGGACAGCCCGCCGGGCCGGCACAAACAGCCCCCGCUCCGGGAGCCCAGCCACAUGGUCUUCCAGGGCCUGCACGGCACUGAGCGGAGAGAGCGGCAGCUGGAGGCAGAAGUGGCCCGACUCAUGGGGAAGACUCACACCCGCCCACCAGAUCCCAGCCUCCUGUCCCCCUCUACCCCGGAGGAAGACGACGACAAGACCUACCUGCUCUUCACCACUGGCAGUCUUACCUACUCUCCUCACCAAAUAGGCAUCAAGCGCAUCAUGCCAGAUCAGAUGACCACGUGCGGACCCGUCCUGGGGGAGGAACGUAGCUCUGAGGAGUUCUUCGACUCUCUGGACCACGUGAUUGACAUUCAUGGUCACAUCAUAGGCAUGGGCCUCUCCCCUGAUCACAGGUACCUGUAUGUAAAUAGCCGAGCGUGGCCAGCGGGCUGCGUCAUCUCAGACCCCAUGAUGCCACCGCCCAUUGCCGAGGAAAUCGACCUACAUGUGAUUGACUUGAAGAGUCUGAGGGAGGAGAGGCGGAGCCUGAGGGCCCAUCGCGCCUUCACGCCCAACGACGAGUGCUUCUUCAUAUUCCUCGAUGUCAGCCGGGACUUUGUGGCCAGUGGUGCGGAGGACAAACACGGUUAUAUCUGGGAUCGCCAUUACAACAUCUGCCUGGCGAGGCUGCGGCACGAGGAUGUGGUGAACUCGGUGGCCUUCAGCCCAGCCGACCAGGAGCUGCUGCUGUCCGCCAGUGACGACUCUACCAUCAAGGUGUGGCGCUCGCCUCGCAUGGUGCGGCUGGCCCAGGGCCCACCACGGCCGCCCAGGCCCCAGAAACUGCUCUCCUCCUGGCUGGAGCGCAGGAGCACAGACUUGGCUCAAUUGAAUGGCAAGCCUUGACCAAUUCCAUCCUCAGGUUGUUGUUUUAUUUUUUAUUUUUAUUUUUUUUUUAUUAUAUGGGGUCAGGGGCAGUCAAAGAGCCAGCAAAUCAGCCCAUGAUUUCUUCCUCAUUAAAUCAAAUCUGUAAACUUUUAUUCACUUGGCUGGCUGGAGGCAUCUUUGAGGUGCUUCCUGCUGGGAUUGGUGACAUUUUUCCGUGUCUUAUGAAACACUGGGCACUCUUGAGGACCCCACACCCCCGGCUAAGGGGGAAAGAUGUCAGUACUUUGCACAGAAAAGAUGCACUGGUACAAAUGUGUGUUGCCAUUUUUCUUAUUCUGUGGAAUAAGAUGUUUAAAAAAAAAAGAGGGAAAGGAGUGAAGAGAGUGUGGAAAGAAGGGAUUGAUCAAGAACAGGGGCCAUGUGGUGGAGAGAAGAUGGUGUUUGCAGAAGAGCCAACGGUCAUUUCACACCUGUCACAGUUUCACCUGCAUUUGCUGCAUAUUUAAGUUUUAACGUGUGUCUGAACAUGAGAUUUUCUUUCUAAAUAUUAAAUAUCAAAAACGUAUGAGAGACACUGUAAGAGGAAUCCUCAAAAAAGUUAACUGAAGGGUGGGCUUUAGAGGAUUUCCUUAGUGUCAUUAUGGGAUGUAACGUUUAACGCAAACAUCACCUCGACGCAUUUCACCUGAUUAACCUCACAGAAGUGCUAUGCACUGGUACCACUUUCAACCAUGGUGUCAUCUUUGGCUGUCCUUGGCAUUUAGGUGAUGUAAUGUUUGCCGUUAUUUAUUUUUUUUUGCAGCCUUUGCUCCAAGGCAGGAAUGGUCUGGAAUUGGAUAUUAUGAUGGAAGAAUUCACAGUAUAGUGCAAAAAUGUAUAUACAGGUCACAGUAUGCAAAGAUGUUCAGUUUUUAAGCAGUUUGAAUUCUUUAAUGUACAGCCCAUCUUACAUGUUUCUGCCUGCUCUCCUUCAAAGAACAUUAGCAAUAUUAAAAAUACAGAUCUAGCAUUUUGCCAGCAGGGGGCACUGCUGCAUAGUUUUAUUUAUGUGUCAUUAUUUUAUUUAUCUGACUGUAUUGUUUACCUACAGUCCUCCUCUGACAGGAUGGAAAUGCUCCUACUUUACUCUGUACUCUUGGGAAUUGUUACUAAGAGUAUUGUUUAGGCAUGGCGGCAGGCUACUGUAAGAUUCACGUACCCGUUUUAGGCUGAAGACACAGCAGAUACAGCUGGCUUGUUGCAGAUGAAGUGACUGUCAUACAGAUAUAUGUAUAUUGUAGACUUGUAUCCACCGGGUAAAGAAAAUGUCACAGUUUGUGGAUGAUGUGUUCCCUGAAAUGCCGAAUUCCUUCACGCCAAAAGGAGAAGGCCCUUAACAAACUGCCUUGAUGUUUUUUUUAUUAUUUUUACACAGAACCUUGCAUUUUAUGAGCAAAUCGUCAUAGCUGGUCCAUAUUAGGUCAUAAUGCUUUAACGCAAACUGUUUCCUAUAACAGCUUGUGCAUAUAGAAUAUUGUCCCAGCCUUCCCUGAUACAGGUAACCCCCCCCCCCACUGCCUACUGUAAAUGCAUGCCUCCCACUCCCUGCUCUAUGGAGCCCUCUUUCCUUCAUUUGGGUUGACUGUCAAACCUGAACCAUAUCUGCAGAAAAGGUUCCACAACGGGCCACUUUUGACUGUCUGCUUCCUAUAUGAGUCAAGCUUCCCCAUUUUUGGAAGAGACUAUUUGCAUCAAAGAUGUGGUGACUGAUUUGACUUCUUGACUAACGUUUUGCACGACUGUUUUGGUGUGUCUGCACAUAAUCAUACGGUUUGAGUAUGUAGCUACAUAUACUGAGCCUCUCCUUUAUGAGGCCGAACGAAAAAAUACAAAUGUGUAUUGGAAGUUUGUCUCUUUCAAGACUGAUUUCACCUUUCUGCUUUUUGUGAGCCUGUAACUGCGGCAAUUUGGCUUUCAGUUCGUUUUAAAUAAAACCUUAAAAGAAAAA